AAAGUAUAGGACCUCCUCUAUCACAUUCGUUAUAAAAGCUCAUCCUACACUGUGCUGAAAGGCAGCUCUACUGAGAGGACAUCUAAAAAUGAAGUCUGUUCUUACUGGAAAGUUUUGUUUGACCUCUCUUAAACCUUGUGAUCUUUCCAACUGCACAAAGAAGGACAUUUUGGAUUACUUUGAGAAUACCUAUGAUUUGGAUGAAACCCUGUUCACUUCCCUCAAAGAUGAAUCUAGCUUCUAUCUGUGCCCAGACCGAUUGCGACUGCCACUGAUCUUCUACUUCUGCCAUCCUCCAGUUCUCUAUAUGAAUAAACUGCUGCUCUCUGGUCUCGUCAAGGAUCAAGUGGACCCCAGUAUUGAAGCUCUCUUUGAGGCUGGAGUAGAUGAGAUGUCAUGGGAUGACACGGAGAACUAUCGGCUGGGAGGAAGCUUCAAAUGGCCGACAUUAUGCGAAUGUAUUAAGUACAGGAGGAAAGUACGGGAUGUAGUUCGCACAGUGAUCCAGGAAACUCCAUUGGAGCUUCCAAUAACAAUGGACAGUCCUUGGUGGGCAAUUUUCAUGGGAUUUGAACACGAGCGAAUCCAUUUGGAAACUUCUUCUGUGCUAAUUCGUCAGCUGCCAAUUCAUUUGGUUCAAAGGCCACUGAACUGGAAAUAUGCCUCAUCAAAAAGUGGUUUACAACCAUCUGCCAAUCCCUUAAUCAAAGUCUCAGGCUCCAGAGUUACUUUUGGAAAACCAAGGAAUUUCCCAUCAUAUGGCUGGGACAAUGAAUAUGGACAAAUGAUAACAGAUGUGCCGGAGUUUGAAGCCAGCAAGUAUCUCAUAACAAAUGGUGAAUAUUGGAAGUUUGUGCGAGAUGGAGGAUAUGACAAGGAAGAUUACUGGACCAGGGAAGGCUGGGAGUGGAGGAAGUAUUGUCAGGCUCAGCAUCCCACCUUCUGGGUCUGUUCUAAAGGAUGCAAGAGUGGCUGUGGAGCUAGCCUUGCAAAUUAUUCUCACUGUCAAUUACAUAAAGUCUCCCUAAACAACGUUAAAACAGGAUGCACAGAUGAACCUCGCCAUAGCAGUCCGCAAGGGCAUUGGAAUGGUGAUGAAAAGAUUACCGAGGAAGUAUUACCAGAGUACAGGUACAGAGCUAUGUUUGACCUUCUCCCGAUGCCCUGGGAUUGGCCAGUGGAAGUCAACUAUCAUGAAGCAAAGGCCUUUUGUACAUGGAAUGGCAAUGGAUAUCGCUUGCUAACUGAAGCCGAGCAUCAUCAGAUUCAACACGACAACCAGAAGCCUAUGGAAGGUGACGUUACCUCUGAUCCAAUAUUUUGUGAUGAUGUAAAGGUGAAAUACAACCUCAACCUGGCUUAUGGGUCACCAACACCUGUUGCUAUGUAUCCACCCAACCAGGCAGGUUUUCAUGAUGUGUUUGGCAAUGUCUGGGUGUGGACUGAAGAUCAAUUUAAUGGACUUCCAGGGUUUGACACUUCCUACCUGUAUGAUGACUUCUCCAGCCCUUGUUUUGAUGGCACGCAUACAAUGAUCCUGGGUGGCUCCUGGAUUGCAACAGGCGACGAGGCUUCAAGAUUUGCACGGUUUUCCUUUCGGAGGCAUUUUUUCCAGCAUUUGGGCUUCCGCUUGGCAAGAACCUGCCAUGGGUUAAGGAGUCCAGCCGCAGUGGUGAAUGUUGAAGGGUUUGCUCCAGGGCUCACAAACGGAGCAGAUUACCCAACCGCUGUCUCCAAGGAAUCUCUGCUACUGGUCCCAGUUCCCAGCAGCAACACUCAAUUCUACUAUGAGACAGAUGCUGCUUUGCAGGAGCAGCUGGAGUUGGAGUAUGGAGACCUGGGUGAAAGCAGUUACUGCCGCCAGUUGUUUGGGGUGUGCAAGCAGGUGAUCAGGGAGCAGCAGCCACCACGGACGGCUGGCCUUGUCCUGGGUAGCGGAACCGGGCUCAUGACCUUCAUGUUGACCCAGCUGUUUCACAAGGUCAUUGGAAUAGACUACAGUGGAAGGUUUAUUGAUACUGCACAGCAGAUAAAAUGCACAGGACACCAGAAUUCUGAGGUCAAGUGCCCAGAGUAUUUGGACAGAGAGAGAGUGGUGUUUAAACAGCUCACAUGGAUUCCUAAUGAGGUUGAACGUCAGAGUUUUUUACUUCUUAAUUUCCUUGAUCGCACCAUGAAUCCCUCAGCUUGGCUAGCACGUUUGCCUGCUCUCGUGCAAUCUAAAGGUUUGGUUGCCAUCGUCUCAGAAAAGUGGAAAAGAAACAACUUGUGUCAAAGAUUUCAAGAACUCGGGCAACAGUGGUUCUUUGUGGAACAAAGAGAAAUCAAAACAGGAGGAAAACAAAGCAAAAAAGUCGCCUUUGUGACUUUCUGGAAGCCAUACCAACCCGCAGGAUUGGACGUCAGUGAUGAUUAGUGAGCAAGACUACACAGAUCUGGUGAAACGGUGGUGUUCAUUUCCGGAUAUAAAAUGAUUCACAGCAAGUUAAUGAAAAGUGAUUUGUGCUUUUAAUUUGCUUUCCAAAAUGUUGUUUCCAUUCCCCCGCAGCAGCAGCCUGCAUUAACUAAACUUUGAUUAUUCACCUGAUAUGGGCCAUGGGAUAUGGGACUGCUAGUGCAGAUCUCCCAAAAAGUUAAUUUGCAAGUCGAAUCGAUAGUAAGGCUGUAAAUUCAAUGCUAGCAUUUAUAUCAAGAGGGCCGGAAUAUGAAAACAGAGGCGUUAUAAGGCGCUGGUCAGGCUGCAUUUGGAGUACUUGGAGCAAAUAUGGGUCCCAUAUCUGAGGAUGUGCUGGCUCUGGAGAGGGUCCAGAGGAGGUUUACAAGAAUGAUUCCAGGAAUGAGUGGGUUAGCAGAUGAUGAGUGCUUGACAGCACUGGGCCUCUACUCGUUGGAGUUUAGAAGGGGGGGGGGGGGGGGAUCUCAUUGAUGCUUACAGAAUAAUGAAAGGCAUAGAUAGCCUGAAUGUGGAAAGGAUGUUUCCACUGGUGGGAGUCUAGGACCAGAUGUCAGCCUCCGAAUUAAAGGGCGCUCUUUUGGAAAGGUGAGGAGGAACUUCUUUAGUCAGAGGGUAGUUAGUCUGUGGAAUUCAUUGCCACAGAGGGCUGUGGAGGCCAAGUCAGUGGAUAUUUUAAGGCAGAGAUAGACAAAGUCUUGAUUAGAACGGGUCUCAAGGGUUAUGGGGAGAAGGCAGGACAAUGGGAUUAAGAGGCAGAGAUCAGCCAUGAUUGAAUUGUGGAGUAGACUCGAAUGGCCAAGUUCUACUUCUAUGUCAUCUAUUGAUUACGUUUGAUCUUGCUGACUGCGCUCCCAAACUACCAUUCAUAAUAUUCAUCUUGGUAGGUGGAAUAGAAUCUUUAUUAUGUCCUGUUCCAUCAAUUGCCUAGUGCAUAAUGAGCCAAAUAUUCUUUAUACCUUUGCCAGUGCAGUUUUUGAGGGAGUCACUGUGAUUUGAUGUGAUGUGGUGACACUAUGAUGUGUCUAUGAUUUUGCAAAAACACAUAAUUAUUGCUAUAUUGAACCUUUGUUUGAAACUUUCUUCACAAAUUUAACAUCACACCAUCUAUUGUACUUCGAUCAAUGGAUAGUUCUAAUUUAAAUAUAUAAAAUACUCUUCACUAAUAUGUUACUUACUAUUAAUGUGACUUAAAACACUUGGUUAUCAAUCUUGUUUCUAAACAGUUUGUCCUUUGUAUGCCUAAAAUGGUUAAAAGCAAAGUGAAACAA